CAGUAUCAAAUGUAAACCUCUAUCGUACGUCGCGGGACAAAACAAUAGGAACUUAAAAUGUCAGUUAUUGAUUUUAAAAUGAAACAACUCGACUAAGUAUUCUUAUUGUAUUUCUAUAAAUACUAAGUUUUUAAAGUACAACCAAUGAAAUACAUAUUUUUUAAUUUAUUUUAUAAAACAUAUCAAUUUUAUCAGUUAUAACUCGACCAGUUUUAACUUUCACACUGAUCCAUAUCCACACUUUUUUUGAGCCCUAGUGGAGCAGAAGGAACGUCAAGAAGUCCAAGAGGUCUUUAGUGUAUAGAAAGCAUAUGAUGUUGAAUAACAGUACAAUAUCUAAUGACUAUAAUUAGAACUGCAAUUUGAAAAAUAAAUUUUACUUGCAAGGUCUUAUUAGUAAUAUUCAUCUAUUUUUCAGACUUUGUUGUAAUUACUGCAAGAUAUGUACUCGCUUACAAUCGAAAUCCAAGAUGCUCUUAAAUUCAGAUCCAAAGCAGAUUUAAUGCCAACUAACACUUAAGUUCAGGCUUCAGAAAUCAAUUUUAUCUCUCAGCUGUACAGUGUGCUCUAACUUACCCUUCAGGGUUGGGUAGAGUAAAGGCUAGAAAAUUUUUCUCAAUCAGCAGAGAUGGACUACAGAUUUGUAUUUUUCAGUUAACUUUCUAUAAACUCAUUUUUCUAUUGUAAAGAAAUAAGUCUUUCAUAUUUUCAUCUUUUCAUGAAGAAAAGAAUAUUUGAAAUUGAGUUUUGACAUGACUUGUGAUCAAAAACUUCUCACUCAUCCAUCUCUGUCAGUCACCGGUAGAGCACACCGCGGAUUCAAAUUUUUCGGACCCGAUCGAACCAUAAUUUGAUACUCUCAAUAAAACUUUCUAAUCGGAAUUCGAUUGUCAACUGGAAGAUACAAGAUAUUUUUCCCGGCUUUUUGUAUUUGAUGACUAGCGUAACCUAUAUAUUUCUCAAAUGACUAGAGCCCAUCAGAUCUAAAACUCCUAGACCCGGAUCCUUCCGAGUUCGGAACCAACCUGGCGGACUCUAGUCAGGAUACAGGGUACGAAAAAAAGCUGAUCCUUCACAUCUUUAUUUCUCUCCUAAUUAUUUUUAGGAAAAGCCGUUACUAUUUCUUGUAGUGCUGGCGCGCCGCCUAUGAUUCAAAUUAUUAUUUGUAUUUGAGUUAAAUGUUCAGUAUCAUAGAAAAAAAGAAUCCAAAAAUAUACUUUAAUAUUUUUUCCAGUACUCUAAAUUGAUUUACAGGUAAUUCAAAACGUAUCUGGACAUUUAACUGUAUUUUUUUCCUAUUGGUCGAUUUAUAGAACAAUGAUAUUGAUUUCGAUAUGGAAUAAAGUAUAGAAAUUAGGAACCAUCAAAUGCUAAAGAGAAAAUAUGUUUGUUCUCUGUUUAACGUGCACAAUACGAAGAAAGAAUUAAUUGGUGUCUCAUAGAAUAUUUUUUAUUUUUAUUCAAUUAUUUUCUCGUUGUUUAUAUGUAUCAUGUCAAUUCCAUUAAAUUCUAUUGAUUGUCCAUGUUUAACAAAUGAUUGUCUUCAGAUUCUAAUUCAACAUUAUUCAAUACAUACAACAAAUGAUUUUGCUUUAUGGUUAAUAAAAUCUCUAGAUAAAAAUAAACAUUUAUCAUCAUCAAUCAUUGAAUGUAUUCAAUCAUGUAUUAUAGCUCAUACAGCAAAUAUUGAAUAUCGACAAAUAUCUAAUAGAAAUUCAUAUAAAUUAAAUUAUUUAUUAUUUGAUAAUGAAAAUAUAUUAAAAGAUAAAUGUCAUUUAAUAUUUAUUUAUGAAUAUUUUAAUCAAAAUCAAUGGAAUAAAUUUUUUAAUAUAUUUUUACUUCGUUUAUUUCUUGAAAAUGAAUCAAUUAAAAUAAAUUAUAUAAAUACAAAUAUAAGUUUAUUUGAUUUAAAUUAUUUUUAUUAUAAUUAUUGUUGUUUAAAUGAAAAAAUAUUUUUACAACGAAAGAAUUUAUUUGAAAAAUUCUUUUUUUUUAAUCAAUGUUUUCAUUUAGAAACAUUUGAAAAUCAAUUAAAUUUUAUUGAAAAUAAUCAAAAUUCAUUUCAAAUAUUAAUUAUUGAUGAUUUUUUUUCAUUAAUUAAACCAUAUUUAAAUCUUGAUAGACGUAUAAAAGCUAAAAUUCUUCAAUUAACAUAUCGAUUAAAUCGUCUUGCACAAAAACAAUCAAUAUUAAUUAUUAAUGGAAUUAUUUUGAAUACAAAAAAACGUAUAAAAAAUGUCCAAGAAAAUUUUCUCAUCAUAAAUGAUAUACGUUUUGAUUCAUUUCAUGCCGAUAAAUAUAUUUUAUUUCAAUCAUUAACAACAAUAGAAAAAGAUAUUUAUAUUAAUAAUCUUAAUAAAAAAAAUCAAGAUAAACAUUCAAUUAUGUCAAAAUUUGAUCUUGAUGAUUGGAUAAAUAUAAAUGAUGGUGGGUAAGAAUUUUGUAAAACUAACACGUUAGAGGGGUAAUGAACAUACGCUAGUCGUAAGAAGUCCCGCUAUCAUGUAAAAACUCUAGGACCAGAAAAAUAGACUCUUCUAGUUUUCUACUAUUUAAAUACUCUAACUUCCAUAUUCUUAUUAACAAAUAAAGAUUCGCAUGUCUAUAU